GGUGAUAAUAGAGGUCCCAAAUGUGAAGUAUGCAGAAAAUAUGUCACAUGCAAAUCCAAACUAGAAGCACAUAUGAAGGUUCAUACAGGCGAGAAACCUUUCAAAUGUGAAAUGUGCACAAAACGUUUUACAAGCCGUAGCAACUUAAACAAGCAUAUAUUGAUUCAUACUGGUGAAAAUCAUUUUAAGUGAGAAGUUUGCACAAAACGUUUUAAACACAAAACAGUCUUAAAAGGUCUCAAAUGUGAAAUUUGCUUAAAAUAUUUCACAUGCAAGUCUAGACUAGAAACACAUAAGCUUGUACACACUGGCAAGAAAAAUGUCAAAUGUGAAGUGUGCACCAAACGUUUUACACGCAGUAAAAGCUUAAAACAGCAUAUGAUGAAUCCUACCGAUCAAAAACGUUUCAAAUGUGAAGUGUGCACAAAGACGUUUAAGUACAUGUGGCGCUUAAAAGAACAUAUGUUGGUUCAUACCGGCUCUGGUGAAAAACCUUUCAAAUGUGAUUUGUGCACAAAACGAUUUAUAUGGAGUUGUACCUUAAAACGGCAUAUGUUCAUUCAUAGCAGUGAAAAUCCUUACAAAUGUGAAGUAUGCACAAAAUAUUUUACAUCCAGUACUUGCUUAAAAUAUCAUAUGUUGACUCAUACUGGUGAAAAAUCAUUCGAAUGUGACUUGUGCACAAAACGUUUUACAACGAGUUCCAGCUUAAAACAACAUAUUUUGAAUCACAUGGGUGAAAAAUCUUUGAAAUGUGAAGUGUGCACCAAAUAUUUCACAUGCAGUCUCACCUUGAAACAACAUAUGGUCACUCAUAGUGAAAAAAAAUUCAAAUGUGAAGUGUGCACAAAAUGUUUUGCAUACAGUGGCAGCUUAAAACGGCAUAUAUUAAUGCACACUGGUAAUAAAGGCUUCAAAUGUGAAGUGUGCACAAAAAGUUUUGCAUACAGUUCCAAUUUAAAACAGCAUAUGAUUGUUCAUACUGGAGAAAAACGAUUUCAGUGUGAAGUGUGCACCAAACGUUUUACUCAGAAUGACAACUUAAAACUACAUAUGAUGAUUCAUACCGGUGAAAAACCUUUUGAAUGUGAAGUGUGCACAAGACGGUUUGUAAGGUCUUUUACCUUAAAAGAACAUAUGUUCAUUCAUACUGGUGAAAAACCUUUCAAAUGUGAAAUGUGCAAAAAAUGUUUCACAUGUAAAUCCAAGUUAAAAAAUCAUAUGUCCAUUCAUAACAGUGAAAAAAGUUUCAAAUGCGAAGUGUGCACAAAAUGUUUUAAACACGGUAAGAGUUUGAAACAGCAUAUGCUCGUUCAUACUGGCGAAAGACCUUUCCAGUGUGAAGUGUGCUCAAAAUGUUUUGCACAUGGGCUAAGUUUAAAGGGGCAUAUUUUGAUUCAUACUGGUGAAAAACCUUUCGAAUGUGAAGUGUGCACUAAAAGUUUUAGACGCAGAUCGAGUUUAAAGCAUCAUAUGUUUUCUCAUACCAGUGAGAAAGCUUGAUAAGCCAUGUUGUAUGCGCUCGUCCUGGUGUCAGAAUCGUGAUGUGAAGUGGUGUGUGUGUGUGUGUGUGUGUGUGUGUGUGUCCCCUACUUGAGCGCGUCCACGAUUUUGUGAAGGUGGGCUCUUUGCUGCUUGAGAUAUCAUAUUGGUCUGUAACGAGACUGGGCCCAAUUUCACAAACACAUUGUAAGCCUAGUUUUAUACGUAAACGUAAAUCUACGACUAAGCCACAAUUUUUAUUACUAUUACAGUACAACAAAUCUAGUUACAAAUGCACAUAUUUAAUUUUCUCUUUUCUUUAAAAUGCGCCAUUUUCCCUAAUGAUGUAAUUUUCUUCGUGGAAUAGCUGCCAUGCACGUGUAUAUGUAGGCCCAGAAUAACUGCAGCAGUUAGUCGCAGGCGUAAACUUACAAUGUUUUGUGAAAUUGGUCCCUAAUUAAUGUUGACCCAAUGAAUACAUACAUGUAUAUCGGAGAUUUUCUCGGUAGAAUGCAGAUUGACUCGACCAUCGUUCACCCAACCACAACCAUAUUGUGUGUGAUAUGUGUGUGUGUGUGUGGGGGGGGGGGGGGGGGGGGGGUAAAGGGAAAACAGAGAAUGAUGGCUUUACAGUGUUCAAGAUCAAACAUUGUUGGCAGUAUCCCAGUUGGAUACUAAAAUUUCAAAAUCUGGUAUCACACCUGAUAUUUUAGUAUCCCAUUUAAAUGAAAUUCAUAAAUAACAUCAUAACAAACUUGGACGACACUGUUCUCGUUCCCAGUCUAAUGCUACACCGCAAUCAAAAUCGUGAAAUUCGCGAUCAAACGGAAUCGGCAAAAAGAUUUGCUGCAUCUAUUUUUGCGUAAUACUGACAUAAAUUAAUAUUUAGCAGUAAUCUAUAAGUGUUUCUGACAUUACUAAUGAUAAACCUUCCUGUAUCAAUUUUUUGCAGAUGUGGAGUCAAUAUCUCAAAUAAAAUUUGAAGGGAGGAAACGUCCAACAAAAACAAUAGUGACUUAGCGGUUCCCAGUCAAUUGCUACGCCGCUAUUGCUCCAGUGUAGCAUUAGACUGGGUACGAGUAUGG